AUGCCGUCUCUCGCACAUAUUCCACUUCCCCUGACGAAUGGACCUCCCCCGGGAUUCGAGUGGGAUCAACACUCCAUUUCCGAACUGUCGACGACCACCGCCUUCGACGCAGGCAUAGACCGCCGCGACACCGUUCUAGGUCCCGAAGUUUGGAAGGAUUUCCGCAGACGUCGGUGGAUCCCGCGGCAGGCCAAACGACAUCCCGAACAUGAACCACGCAACGGCCUGCUAAUGUGUCCUAACGACUGUGCAUUUUUCAAUAAUUACCUCUUCUUCAUAUGCUACAUACCCAAUAUCCGCAAGUUCAUACUCGUCAACUACUCUGACAAUCCAGAUCUCCGAUUGUUCCACGGUAAAGCCCUCGGGCUCGAUGUCCGAGACAGGCACGCGCCGUUCGCCUGUCUGUUCAUCCUCCAGGAGAUGCGCGUCCGCGGCCACCACCCCUUCGCGCCCGUCGAUCCUGACAUACCUGCGGACAUCAUCUGGCAAGACUGGAUCCUGUCAGAAGACAUAUUGCGCUCUCCGUCGGACGUGGCAGGCUUCUUCCGCCGUGACCGCCCGGACACUGCUGAUCUCGACCGCAACCCUACUCUACUGGCACAGCUACCACCUCGGCCUCUGACGGUCGAUGGAGGAGCACCGCCUCGCACUGGGCACUCGAUGGCGCUCAACCAAGAUGUCAUCGCUGAGAUUCUCGCUGCGACGCGUGCCUCGCCGUCGUGGAGGGCCUGCGUGAUGGAGGGCACGAGCUGGGACGGCACGGCGGAGGACAACAUACAAAAGUACAUUGCAUCUGUUGAUGUACAAGAAGACCAUGACGGUGCCUGAUUGUGCACAUCGCUGCCGCCCGUGUACUUAGAUUCGAAGGACGUCUAGAACUCUUGGUUGUGUCGAUACCUCGUCUUUUCGGCGUACUACGCAUCUUCUCGUCGAGUGACUGUUCUGUAUCAGUACCAUGGGGUUCUCGUCGUACAACGACUGUUCUGUAUCAUUCGUGUCUUUCGUUGCGGGACGAGUAUAUCAUAUGAUAGUACAGUCCGGGGAUUGAGAAGGGACGGUAAUGCACAUGGCUCUGCGUUCUGGUGA